CGACACGCUCGCCACUGGGCAGCCGUGGUUCGACCCGAGCCUGGAAGGGGUAUGUAUAUACAUGCAUGCUCGCAUCUUCUCACAUUUCCGAAGCCAUGAGCGCCAUCGCCACUGCGACACGCACCAGCUCCUGUUGCCAAAUCAAGGCGUGGCCCAACGAGUUGCGCAAAGCAACAUUGCAUUGAAGUCUUUCUUCACCAGCUUCCCCCCCGCGCAGCGAGCGGCCAAAGACCAUGCCGGCCCCAAUUGCGGACUCGCCUGCAUGGCGAGCCUCUGAUGACAACAAGAUACCAGAGAGCCACGAGAUCGUGCAUCACGACAAUGUGCACCACGACGUCGUCCCCUCCGCGGAUGGCCUUGCCGAGGCUCUCGCUACCGACAAGCUUGAUCCUUGGAGCAAGCCUCUGCUGCAGCUCUACGUCUACGCCAUGAUAGCCUUUCUUUGCUCUACCAUGAACGGUUAUGACGGGUCCAUCUUUGGCUCUCUGCCCGCAAUGGACGGCUUCCGAGAGCGCUUUCAGGUAGAAAAGACGGGCUCCAAGCUGGGCUACAUCUCGGCCAUGUACACUGUCGGCACCAUUGCGUCCCUCCCCGUCACCGGUCCCGCGUGCGACUUUCGCGGUCGCCGCAUGGGAAUCUUCAUCGGGAGCGUCAUCGUCAUUGCCAGCACCAUCCUGUCCGGCCUGGCCAAGAACACGCCUCAAUUCGUGGCCGGCCGUUUCUUCCUCGGCUUUGGCGUCAGCAUCACUCGCGCGGCCAGCUCCAUUUGGAUCGCCGAGAUAUCGCCCCCCAACUAUCGCGGCGUCCUGACGGCGUUUUACAACUGCACGUAUGCCGUGGGGGCCCUCAUGGCCGCUGGCGUCACCCGCGGCUCGGUGCAGUACGGAGGCGACGCCGCCUGGCAGAUUCCCGUCUGGUGCCAGAUGAUCUGCCCAGCCAUCGUCUGCUUCUCUGUUUUGAGCUUCCCCGAGUCACCGCGGUGGAUGUUUGCCAACCAUCGCGAGGAGCAGGCCCUGGCUUUCCUUACCAAGUACCACGGCGCAGGCAGGCCGGACCACCCCCUCGUUCGUCUUCAGAUGGAUGAAUACCGCCAGGUCAUCACGCUCAACGGGUCGGACAAGCAUUGGUGGGAUUAUAGCGACCUCUACAAGACUCGCUCCGCGAGGUGGCGCAUGUUCAAUGCCCUCAUCCCUUCCGUCUGGGGCCAAUGCUCUGGUAAUGCCGUCGUCAGCUACUAUCUCCCGGCCAUGCUGGCAACAGCGGGCCUAACCAAGUCGGAUCAGGUCCUCAACAUUAACCUGGGCUACACCGCGAUUUCGGCUGUCGCGGCGUACGUCGGUGCCUCGCUGAUCGAAAAGAUGGGCCGUCGUCCGACCUGUAUCUGGACCUCGGUGGCCUGCGCCAUUUGCUUCGCCGGCAUCACUGGGGGUGCGGGCGCCUAUGCAAGCACAAAGUCUUCAACCGCCGCCUCUGCCGGCAUUGCCUUCAUCUUCAUCUUCGGGUGGUGUUACAACUUCGGCAUGACGCCUCUCCAAGCGCUGUACCCUGUGGAAUGCCUUUCAUAUGAACAGAGAGGCAAGGGCAUUGCAUUUGUGUUUGCCUUUGUCCAUGCUCUUGCCUUUAUCAACCAGUUCUGCUUCCCGAUUGCCUUGCAGAAAAUCGGCUGGUAUACCUACAUCAUCUUCAUUGGGUGGGACUUUAUGCAGGCGACCGUCAGCUACUUCUUUUCUGUCGAAACUCGCCGACGGUCUCUGGAAGAGAUGUCGGAAAUUUUUGAGGCCGAUGACCCUGUCAAGGCCUCUCUUCGGAAGCAUGUUGCUCACGUUCAUAAUGAUGUCGAGGUGCGUGAGGAGAAAUGA